AUGGGUCCAAAAGUUUCCGAAGUUCAUGGACCCAGCUCCCUUAGACUUGCGGCCGGAGUAGCCGACAAAACUAUGGCCUUCUACUUGCAAGGCAACUCAUUUAGCAGUCCUACCACAGCUGACACACCCGACCCGUCCAACGCGAAUACCAUUCAACUUGCGGCCAUCUCAGCUCGCCUAGACAGGGUUGAACAUUAUAAAUUCAAGGCCCAUUCAAAGAUCCCACCGGUGCCGCAGCCGAUCACGUGGUAA